AUGGGUUGGCAUAAGGUGUAUUUGUUUCAUUGUGAUUGGUGGGAUGUUGGUGAUAAGCGAAGAGGGAUUCGCGUUGGGGACCAUCUAACCAGCCUGAACACGUCUACAACAUGGUAUAAAGAUGAGCCUUUUGCUCUUGCUUGCCAAGCGCAGCAAGUGUUUUAUGUAAAAGACGUGAGUGUGGCGGGUAGUUGGUAUGUGGUCCAUAAGAUAACGAAUAGAAAUGUAUACAACAUCCCUUUAGUAUCAGCAGCUGAGGUGGCGGAUGAUGGUGCCGAUUCUGGUGAGGAUGACGCUUUACAGGAGGAUGAAAACAUCCCGACAAACGUGCCGUAUGCCCAAAGCAAUGACCUAGACUUGAUGACCCCGUUGAAUAGGGUAGAUGAAGAACCAUUGCUGCUUGACCCUUCGAUCAUGCUAGAACAGCAACCAUCUGAACUACCUGACCACGAGGAAUACGUCGAGGAUGCCGAAGGAGUUGAUGAUGAGCUGGGAGUUGACGAUGCCUCCACUAAUAGUGCGGACAGCGAAGAAGACAGUAUUGCAGAAGCCGAUUAGAAGUCAAUCAGCUUCAGAUGAUGGUUUUGCAUGUGGAGGUGAAGGACUAGAGUUGGGGUAAUGGGGUCAUGAUGACAAACUUGGUGUAAGUUCUCAUCUAUGCUCAUGAUAGUGCUAUUUUGAGUAUUGUUUCAAUGCACUACAAAAUGUUCAUACUACUAUAUAUAUGUUCAGCUAGAGUGUUUGUAUAUGAAGCUUAUUUCAUAAACAAAAAGACAAUUCACCAUCUAACCAGCAUAGGAAUGUAUAACAAGAUCUGGGCAUACAUUUUUAUUUGGGCAUCCAGUGUUCAUCUUUACCAGCAAAGUUAAUGGUGUACUGUUUCUUGAAUCCCCAUAAU